AUGCUGGAGGUGGGUUGGGCACAUGGUGGAGGUGGGUUGGGCACAUGGUGGAGGUGGGUUGGGCACAUGGUGGAGGUGGGUUGGGCACAUGGCGGAGGUGGGUUGGGCACAUGGUGGAGGUGGGUUGGGCACAUGGCGGAGGUGGGUUGGGCACAUGGCGGAGGUGGGUUGGGCACAUGGUGGAGGUGGGUUGGGCACAUGGCGGAGGUGGGUUGGGCACAUGGUGCAGGUGGGUUGGGCACAUGGCGGAGGUGGGUUGAGCACAUGGUGGAGGUGGGUUGGGCACAUGGCGGAGGUGGGUUGAGCACAUGGGGGAGGUGGGUUGGGCACAUGGUGGAGGUGGGUUGGGCACAUGGUGCAGGUGGGUUGGGCACAUGGUGGAGGUGGGUUGGGCACAUGGUGGAGGUGGGUUGGGCACAUGGUGGAGGUGGGUUGGGCACAUGGUGGAGGUGGGUUGGGCACAUGGUGGAGGUGGGUUGGGCACAUGGCGGAGGUGGGUUGGGCACAUGGCGGAGCUGGGUUGGGCACAUGGCGGAGGUGGGUUGGGCACAUGGCGGAGGUGGGUUGGGCACAUGGCGGAGGUGGGUUGGGCACAUGGAGGAGGUGGGUUGGGCACAUGGCGGAGGUGGGUUGGGCACAUGGUGGGUUGGGCACAUGGCGGAGGUGGGUUGGGCACAUGGUGCAGGUGGGUUGGGCACAUGGUGGAGGUGGGUUGAGCACAUGGUGGAGGUGGGUUGGGCACAUGGUGGAGGUGGGUUGGGCACAUGGUGCAGGUGGGUUGGGCACAUGGUGGAGGUGGGUUGGGCACAUGGUGGAGGUGGGUUGGGCACAUGGUGGAGGUGGGUUGGGCACAUGGUGGAGGUGGGUUGGGCACAUGGUGGAGGUGGGUUGGGCACAUGGUGGAGCUGGGUUGGGCACAUGGUGGAGCUGGGUUGGGCACAUGGUGGAGCUGGGUUGGGCACAUGGUGGAGGUGGGUUGGGCACAUGGUGGAGGUGGGAUGUGCCAUCCACAAAAGUAAGGGGCUGCUGCCCUCGAUCUUCCCUACCCUCACUGUUGUCUCCCACCUACCGUACCAUUUUCCCACAACCCCAUCCCUCUUCAUUCGGCAGGCGCAAGGCCAAAUGUCAAUUCUUGGAAUAGUCAGCUGUGGACUUCCGUCAGUGGAGUGGCUCGCUCAAAUAGGUCACCAUUCCACCACGCUCUGUGCUCUUCCAGUUCUCAGCCUUCAUCCUACCCGCCUUCCCUGCCUUUCCUUUCUUCCCUGCCCACCCUUGCCUUCCAUCACCUCUCCCUCUCUGUAG